UUCACCAAAGCACGAGACCAAACCGCAUCUGUUCUUAGCUGUCCGUGUGCUCUUUGCUUUUGUUUACACUCUGCACGUGUGACACGGGACAGUGUGAACACAGUAGACUGUAAGAUUUAAGCAGUACUGGCUUUGUGAAGCUCUCCUGACAGCUCUAUCGCGGGUCCGUAGACCACCCUCCCCUAUCUCCCCUGUGGAUUUAAUCGAAUUGCAGGAAGUCCCUCACAUCCUCUCUGCUUGCGCUGUGUGUGUUUGUGUGUGUUCCUGUGUCGGUAUAUUAUGAAGAUCUCAUCAUAAGGAGCCGGGCAUCAUGAGGAUCUACCGGCGCAUGGAGAACUGGUGCCUCAUGAGCGGACUGCGCGCGUUUGUGCUGCUGAUAGUGGGACUGGCAGCUGACAUCUCCACUCAUCACUCACCCGACGGGAGGCAACUAAAAAGUGUGCUCAACAAACUGGAACACUACCACACCAUGGUACCGCUACUGCUGGAAGGAACAGAGCAGAGACCAAUCAGCUGGCUCCGCUCCAGAACACCUCCCACUUCGCUGCGCAUCCUGAUCCAAGCAGAAGGACAACAGCUGAUUUUAUCUGUGGAAAAGAACCACGGCCUCUUUGCCAGCCAUUACACUGAGACACAUUACAGGGAAGAUGGACAAACUGUUAAGAGCACUCACAACUCUAAGAUGAAUUGCUAUUACCAUGGUGAAGUCCAAGGAUACACACACUCUGAUGUCAGCCUCAGUACAUGCACUGGUAUCAGAGGGUUUAUCUUACUUGAAAAUAAAACACUGAUGGUGGAGCCAGCUUUUGAGCCAGCAAAUGACACCCAUGUGAUUUAUGAAGGACAUCACCUACACUUCCCCUCUGGGACCUGUGGACACGGACACAACAUAUCGACUGUCAGCCAUAUGAGCGCUGGAGGACCGCCACAAUCAUUCAGCACAAGGCAUAAACGGGAUGUUCAGAAGACCACCAAAUAUGUGGAGCUCAUCAUUGUAGCAGACAACAGGGAGUUCCAGAAACAAGGAAAAGAUUUGGAGAAGGUUAAGCAAAGGCUAGCAGAGAUUGCCAAUUACGUGGACAAGUUUUACAGAGUGCUGAACAUUCGAGUAGCUCUGGUGGGACUGGAGGUGUGGAGUGAUGUCGAUAAGUGUGCAGUCACCCAAGACCCCUUCACAACCCUGCAUGAGUUUUUAGACUGGAGAAAACUUAAAUUGCUGCCGCAGCGGCCACAUGAUAAUGCCCAGCUUAUUAGUGGGGUGUACUUCCAGGGCACCACAAUAGGCAUGGCUCCCAUCAUGAGUAUGUGUACCGCUGAGCAGUCAGGAGGCAUUGUCAUGGAUCACUCGGACAAUCCUCUGGGAGCUGCUGUGACUUUGGCCCAUGAGUUGGGCCAUAACUUUGGAAUGAACCAUGACACUCCAGAGCGAGGAUGCGGCUGUAGGAUGACUGUAGAUCGUGGCGGCUGCAUCAUGACCCCCUCUACAGGGUUCCCGUUCCCCACUGUGUUCAGUACGUGUAGUAAGAAGGAUCUGGUGGCUAGUCUGGAGAAAGGGGUGGGCAUGUGUUUAUAUAAUAUGCCUGAAGUCAAAUUGCUGUACGGGGGACAGAAAUGUGGCAACGGAUACAUUGAAGAAGGAGAGGAGUGUGACUGCGGAGAGCCAGAGGAGUGUCUAAACCCCUGCUGUAACGCUACAACCUGCACUCUCAAGGGAGAUGCUGUGUGUGCCCAUGGACAGUGCUGUGAAGACUGCCAGUUAAAACCAGCUGGGACUCCUUGUAGAGAGUCCAGUAACUCCUGUGACUUACCUGAGUUUUGCACCGGAUCAAACCCCCACUGCCCUGCCAAUGUGUACCUGCAAGAUGGACUCGUGUGCCACAAUAUGGAUGGUUACUGUUACAACGGCAUCUGUCAGACUCAUGAGCAGCAAUGCAUCACUCUGUGGGGACCAGGAGCGAAACCUGCCCCGGGAAUCUGUUUUGAAAGAGUAAACUCUGCAGGUGAUCCCUAUGGAAAUUGUGGAAAAGACUCCAAAGGUUCCUUUGCUAAAUGUCAAGCAAGGGAUGCUAGGUGUGGGAAAAUUCAGUGCCAAGGAGGUGCCAAAAGGCCAGUGAUCGGAACCAAUGCGGUGUCCAUAGAGACAAACAUACCUCUGCAGGAGGGUGGGCGUAUUCUGUGCCGCGGAACACAUGUGUACCUUGGUGAUGAUAUGCCUGAUCCAGGACUGGUAUUGGCAGGCACAAAGUGUGCUGAGGGAAUGAUCUGUUUGAACAGGCAGUGUCAGAAUGUCAGUGUCUUUGGAGUGCACAAGUGCUCUGGGAAGUGUAAUGGAAGAGGGAUCAGUAGGAACAAAACGAGCACCCAGCCCCCCACGGACACAGUCAGUCUUCAGGGUCUCACCUCAGCACAAGCCCGCCUCUUUACCUUUACACUCCCGCUGUGA